AUGAGCAGCUUCCCAUUGACGGUGAAGGAGUACAUUGAGAGCGACAGCAGUAACCAAGUCACAGUGUGGGCGAGUAGCCGUGCGAUGUUCCGCGACGAGGGGAAGGACGACGGGGUAUCUGAGGCGGAGUGGGCAUAUGGGGGGGAGUAUGUGUUUCUGCUGUGGAUGGAUGAGACGGGGGAAAAGCUUAUCAAGUCAGUGGAGUUUCUGGAUAGCUAG